UUUUAGGUUAUGUAUAAUCUGUACUAACCAAACUUUUUAAUUCUCUAAAUAAAAAAGGAAAAAAAUCAGUUAAAAUAAUAAACAUUUUAUUAUAUUAAAGUAAGAAACUUUAAAAAAAUGCCUAUUAAAUAUAUUGGUCGCACAACAUCAUUUAAAGGGAAGACGUUAUGGGAAAUCUUAGGAAAUUUAAAAAAUUUUGGUGUAGGAAGGAUGGUAAUACGUAAUAGAUUUCAAAGAUAUCCUGAACCUUGUUUUAUGAGAAUACUUAAAAUUGCUACUCUACCUGCUCCAAAUAAGGAACUGCAACCACAUGAAGAUCGAAAGAUCGUAGCUCUUAUUGAAAAUACUUUCCGUGGAAAAACCUAUCCACCUGAACAAAUAGACGGAUGUACUUAUAAGGCAGAUUAUGUUUUGAUCCCUAAAGACGAAGAGGAAAAAUAUAUGUAUUACAAUGAUCCAUUGAACCCAAGAAUAGUACCAAGAACAAUGGAAUAUCCACCUCUCCUGAAGGAAUUAAUAAUUCGUCAACGACAAGCAGCAGGAGUGACAGUCAAAGAGGAUCCACAAUUAGAAAUUGUCUACCAAUGGAAUGGAGUAAAACGAUACAGGUUGGCAGAAGAAGGAGAAGAACCUACUGUUAAAUUUGGAGUAGAUCUUGGAACACCUAUUAGUCCUAGUCUUUACGCGAACAUCAGAAAAGAGUCGUCGACGACGUAAAGAUUCAUUACAGAAUUAUGUAUAUAAAGGAUUUUGUCUUAUAGAUUUAAAUUUAAUAAAUAU